GUUACGGUAACGGAAAUGCGGGCUUCGAUGCGAACCGCAAUUGGAUGAUCCGGCACCGGAAUUUGAAGAUCUCUUCAUCCCUGUUUCCAUGGUGCCGAAACUUUUUCGUUUAACAACGGGGUUUCCUUUCGUGGACCUAUUCGGCAGAAUGAGGAGGAGAUAGUAAUGGGUUAAGAUUUUUGAGGAAAGGUAAUUGAAUGAUCUAACUCUGGGAUUUAAUUGGCGGCGCUGAGUCUUUAUAUGAAAGAAGAGCAACAAAGGUUGUGAGUUUUCUAAUUAAGGCCCAGCGAUGAAGUCUGACACCCCUCUUGAUUAUGCUGCCUUCCAGCUGUCACCGAAGCGGUCUCGAUGUGAGUUGGUUGUAUCCAGUGGUGGAAACACGGAGAAAUUGGCCUCAGGAUUGGUGAAGCCAUUUGUUGCCAAUUUAAGGGUUGCAGAAGAGCAGGUGGCGAUGUCAGUUCACUCUAUAAAGCUCGAAGUUGAGCGGCAGAAAAAUGCUGAAAUGUGGUUCACCAAGGGAACACUCGAGAGGUUUGUGCGGUUUGUUAGCACGCCAGAGAUUUUGGAACUGGCCAAUACCUUUGAUACAGAGAUGUCCCAGUUGGAAUCAGCUCGAAGAAUAUAUUCGCAGGGUACUGGACAACAGCUCUCUGGUUCUGGUGGGCUUGGAUCUGGAGCCGCAGCAGCAGCUGAUGCAACAAAGAAAGAAUUGUUGAGAGCCAUUGAUGUGCGGCUUCUUGCAGUCCAGCAGGAUCUAACAACAGCCUGUGCUCGGGCUACUGCUGCCGGUUUCAAUCCAGACACAAUCUUGGACCUUCAAAUGUUUGCAGAUCAUUUUGGUGCCCUACGCUUAAACGAAGCAUGCGGUAAAUUCAUAUCCUUGUGCGAGAGACGGCCGGACUUGAUCCUUACAUGGAAGGCCGGAGGGGACGACCCAGCCAUCCGAUCCUCGUAUGGGUCAGAUAUGUCCAUAGAUGAUGAGCCCACUUCUCCAGACAGCCUUCGCUUUGGGUCCUGCCAACCCCCGAGGCAUGAGCAGCAGCAUACCGGCCAACAACAAGAAACAGACACAUCCCAAAAGUAUCAACAUCCCAAUCUUGCCACCACAUUGAAACCAUCCUUUUCUCUACGAAAGAGUGGAGAAGCAAGCACAGAACCAGAAGAAGGAAGCAAACAAAACGACCCUCUCGCUACUGAGAAAGAGAAGAAACAAGAGAGUAGCUGUGAUGCUCCUCCUUCUGCUCUUGAUCAAGCCCCGUCAAUUGCAGUGAGUCAACCAUCUAGGCGGCUCAGCGUGCAGGAUCGUAUUAACUUGUUUGAGAAUAAGCAGAAGGAGAAUUCUGGUGGGAAGCCUGCAGUAGGAAAAUCAAUCGAGAUCAAGAGACUUUCUUCUGAUGUGUCAUCAUCUGCAUCUGCAGCUGCUGUAGAGAAGGCGGUGUUGAGGAGAUGGAGUGGUGCUAGUGACAUGAGCAUUGAUUUGAGUGGCGAAAAGAGGGAUACUGAGAGCCCUCUUUGCACCCCUUCGUCUUCUGUUUCACAUUCCAAGUCUGAGGAUCAGAAAGAUAUGGCAGGUUCUGGUAAGCCGGAGUUUAGGAGCAUUCCUCGGUGGGUAGAUGAUAGUGCAGGUUCUGGGAGAGAGGAGAUUGUUGAGGAGAGGCAAUCUACAGUUUCAUCUGAUAAGUCAGGGGAGGCUUCUGAAGGAGGAAAGUCAAAUUCUACUGUAGGCGUUAUUGGUGUCACUGCUUGGAAAGAUCAAACACGUGGGAAGACUCAGUCAAGGUCAUUUCUUAACAGGGCUGAGGAUAGCAGAUUAGAUGAUCUAGCAAAUUCUGAACCAAAGUUCAGGUCUUUGCCAAGUGGAAAAGCUGAGGAAGGUCGUUCGGACAAUCAACCCAAGUUCAAGGGUCCUGGAAAGAGGGAUGACCUUGUCAAAACAGAAGGGCAAGUACUUUCUGAGGCACAGGUUGCUGGCCACAAGGAGAAGGGUACUUCUCAGGCCCAAUUUGGAUAUUUUGCUGGAAAAGGCAGUGACACAAGGUCAGCUAUUGGUCCAUACCAACCUAGUCAAGUUGAACUUUCAGAUCAAAAGGAAGUUGGAAUAAGAGAUGAUUCUUUAGCACAAACUUAUUCGAGGGCCCCCCAGAGGCCAGUGGGUGAAUAUGCACCACAAGAAGGUGGUUCAGGAUCAAGAAUACGUGAUGCUUUUGCUGCUCAGCACAAAGGAGUUGCAGGUAAAGUAUCAUCUUCUCAUCCGAGGUUUGAGUCCUUUUUGGAGACUGAGGAUAUUCAAAAGAAAGAAUUGGCUUCAGCUGAGAAGAACGGUGGUGUUACUGCAAUAAAACUUGAAGGAACUGGAUCCGAGAGGAUGAAGUUCGACAAGCAAAUUAUUGCCUCUGAACUGAUCAAGAAAACCCAGGGCAGGAAGGAUGAUAGUGUUCCUGUUUAUGGAAGUAAUAUGGCAUCUUUCCAUAGUAAAGUAGCUACUGAGAAUCAGGAUGGGUUUGAUUCUUUUUCAACGCCACCUCCAGAACAUGUUAGGGUUAGGCAAUCAAAAGGAAACCAGGAGCUGAAUGAUGAGCUGAAAAUGAAAGCUAAUGAACUUGAAAAGCUCUUUGCUGAGCACAAACUGCGGGCUCCUGGAGAUCAAUCUAACACUACAUGGAGGACCAGGCCUAUUGACAGGCAAAAUGACUCACCUGCAAAACCUUGUAGGAAAUCAUCUGCAGAAACCGAUACUGCCCAUUUGUCUCAUGAUGGCACAUUAUCUGAACCUGCUGAGAGUUCAAAAAACUUGGCCAAAUUCAGUGAUGUUCCUGUGGUGAAAGUGGUUGGUGGCCAGGAUCAUAAUGAUGUUGAAAAUAAGAAAUUUUCUGAGCUUAAUUUUCCAGAUGGUUCUCGAGGGAAAUUCUAUGAGAGAUAUAUGCAGAAAAGGGAUGCAAAGCUUAGGGAAGAUUGGAGUUCCAAUAGAGCAGAGAAGGAAGCCAAGUUGAAGGCAAUGCAGGAUAGCCUGGAGCGUAGUAAAUCUGAGAUGAAGGCUAAAUUUUCAGUAUCUUCUGAUAGACAGGAUUCAGUAUUCAGUGCUUGUAGACGUGCAGAGAGGCUCAGAUCGUUUAAUACGCGAUCAAUUAUGAGAAGGGAGCAGCAGCAGUUAGAUUUUGGGCAAAGCGACGAUGAAGGUGCAUCUGAUUUUCCAGAGAAGAAAUUGUAUCGUGAGGAUGGGUCCUUCACUGAGACAUCCAUUGUAGAUGGUUUACCUAAGAGUAAGAAGAGUUUACCUACAAAAAGUUUGUCUUCAUCCACACCUCGGAUGACUGCAGCACCUGUUCCAAGAUCUGCAACUCGAGCUUCCAGUAUUUCUGGGCGGCGUAAGAUGCAGUCGGAAAAUCCUGUUGCACAAUCCGUUCCCAAUUUCUCUGAUCUGAGGAAAGAAAACACGAAACCUUCUUUCACAGCCAGUAGAACAACUCGGCCACAACUGAGAAAUUAUACCCGCAGCAAAAGUGCCAAUGAAGACACUUCAUUUGUCAAGGAGGAAAAGUCACGUAGAUCACAAUCCCUGAGAAAGAGCCUAGCAAAUUCAGCUGAGUGCAGAGAGCCUUCUCCAUUGAACUCCGAGGGCAUUUCUUUGACAACACAAAACUUUUACAAGGACGAGACUGAGCAAAAUUCUUCUUUCAAGUAUUCAAAGACUUCAGAGUCUAAAUCUUUCCUUAAGAAGGUCAGUGGCAUGGAUCUUGGAGCCAGAACAACUUUUGCUUUGCAGAAGACCAAAAUGGCAUCCGAUAUCACUAAUGAUGAGGAUGACUUUGAUGACUUGGCCUUUGAGGGAGAAGACUCAGCGGAUCUAGUCAAAGAUGAAGAGGAGGAGGAGUUUGAGACAGCGGUAACUAAACAUCAGGGUGAACCAGAGCUGGAGCAGGAGUCGCUGAAGUUGAAUUUUGGAUCAGAAAAUGGUAUUGUGAGAUCCUUUGCGCAAGUGGACUCAUCAUUAGUGGCUGAAUUAGCUGCUGCAGUUCCUUCUGGUUUUCAUCCUUCUGAAAAUGUACAGGAUUCACCAGGAGAGAGCCCUGUGUCGUGGAAUUCACGGACUCAUCAUUCAUUUGCUUAUUCUCAUGAGACGUCUGACGUUGAUGCCUCUGUUGAUUCCCCUGUUGGGAGUCCUGCAUCUUGGAAUUCGCAUUCUCUGAGUCAAACUGAGACUGAUGCAGCUCGGAUGAGGAAGAAAUGGGGAGCAGCUCAGAAACCAAUGCUGGUUGGUAAUUCUUCCAAUAAUCAGUCACGCAAGGAUAUGACUAGAGGCUUUAAAAGGUUACUAAAAUUUGGAAGGAAAAGCCGUGGCGCAGAAACUCUUGUUGACUGGAUUUCUGCUACCACAUCUGAGGGAGAUGAUGACACAGAAGAUGGGCGUGAUACUGCCAAUCGGUCAUCAGAAGACCUUAGGAAGUCAAGAAUGGGAUCAUCGCAGGGACAUCCUUCAGAUGAUAGCUUCAAUGAGAGCGAAUUUUUUAACGAACAAGUUCAAUCCUUGCGGAGCUCUAUCCCAGCACCUCCAGCAAACUUUAAACUGAGAGAGGACCAUGUGUCUGGGAGCUCAAUUAAAGCACCAAGAUCAUUUUUCUCCUUAUCAUCAUUCCGGAGCAAAGGAAGUGAGUCAAAACCUAGAUGAUUGAGUCUCUGUGAGAAAGUCCCUUCCAUAAAAUCUUUGUGAUUUCCAUGAUCGACAAUGUGAUGUUUGAACAAACAAGAGCAAUUGUCAAGGAGGUGCCAUGCAAUGAAAGGUCUGUUUGGUUUUUCAAACACUUGAUGGAGCUAGUGAACUUUGAUUGGGCCUGCCCAACUUUCAGGUCGUAGUGCUUAAAUACAUGUAUAUCUUUGAGAGUACAGUUCCAAUUGGCGGAAUGCUAAUGUGAUUUUGGUAGUAAAAGCAUUCUUUAUAAUCUUGUCAUUUGUAUCACACCUGUCCGAAUGUAUAUCAGAAGUUAUAUUCUUGUUGGAAUCAUAUGGGACAGCUUUAAAGGAGAACUAUGUGAUUAUGCGAUGCAACAGCUUGUAUAAGAUGCCUAUAGCACAAAAAUGUCUAUACAUCUUCGUUGACUAUUUGUUGCUGAUGCCAUACCAAAUGUAACUUUUCUGGAGUCUUGAUAUGAGAACAUUUGCUAUUUGCAAUUUUUACA